CGCUCGACAGUGGCGGCGGCGGCGGCGGCUGCAGCUCCGGCUCCAGCCGCGCGCGCUGCGACCUCUCUUCGGAGUCCGCGCGUUGCCCCCGGCCGGGCCCUGGGCCCCACGCCCGCCCCUGCGCCUGCCGGGUCGCCCGACCCCAUGGAGCUGCUGGCUGCAGCCUUCAGCGCCGCCUGCGCCGUGGACCACGACAGCUCCACCUCGGAGAGCGACACGCGCGACUCGGCGGCGGGACACCUGCCCGGCAGCGAGUCAUCUUCCACCCCUGGAAAUGGGACCACGCCCGAGGAGUGCCCGGCCCUCACCGACAGCCCCACUACGCUCACCGAGGCCCUGCAGAUGAUUCAUCCCAUUCCCGCCGACUCCUGGAGAAACCUUAUUGAACAAAUAGGGCUCCUGUACCAAGAGUAUAGAGAUAAAUCAACUCUCCAAGAAAUCGAAACCCGGAGGCAACAGGAUGCAGAAAUACAAAGCAACUCGGAUGGGUCCCAGGCUGGGGAAGACACCCCAGAGGAGGAAGAGGAAGAGGAAGAGGAGGAACUGGCCAGUCCACCUGAGAGGAGAGCUCUGCCUCAGAUCUGCCUGCUCAGCAACCCCCACUCCAGGUUCAACCUCUGGCAAGACCUUCCUGAGAUCCAAAGCAGCGGUGUGCUGGACAUCCUUCAGCCUGAGGAGGUCAAGCUGCAGGAGGCCAUGUUUGAGCUGGUCACCUCCGAAGCCUCCUACUACAAGAGCCUGAACCUGCUGGUGUCACACUUCAUGGAGAAUGAGCGGCUGAAGAAGAUCCUGCACCCGUCCGAGGCCCACAUCCUCUUUUCCAAUGUCCUGGAUGUCAUGGCUGUGAGUGAACGGUUUUUGCUGGAGCUGGAACACCGCAUGGAGGAGAAUAUCGUUAUCUCGGAUGUGUGCGACAUCGUGUACCGCUACGCAGCCGACCACUUCUCAGUCUAUAUCACUUAUGUCAGUAACCAGACCUACCAGGAGAGGACAUACAAGCAGCUCCUACAGGAGAAGGCGACUUUUCGGGAGCUGAUCGCACAGCUGGAGCUGGACCCCAAAUGCAAGGGCCUGCCAUUCUCCUCCUUCCUCAUCUUGCCCUUCCAGAGGAUCACAAGACUCAAGCUGCUGGUCCAGAACAUUCUGAAGAGAGUAGAAGAGAGGUCUGAGCGCGAAGGCACUGCCUUGGAUGCCCACAAGGAGCUAGAAAUGGUGGUGAAGGCAUGUAACGAGGGUGUCCGGAAGAUGAGCCGCACAGAACAGAUGAUUAGCAUUCAGAAGAAGAUGGAGUUCAAGAUCAAGUCAGUGCCCAUCAUCUCACACUCCCGGUGGCUGCUGAAGCAAGGUGAGCUGCAGCAGAUGUCCGGCCCCAAGACCUCCCGCACCCUGCGGACCAAGAAGCUCUUCAGAGAAAUUUACCUCUUCCUCUUCAACGACCUGCUGGUGAUCUGCCGACAGAUCCCUGGAGACAAGUACCAGGUAUUUGACUCGGCCCCGAGGGGCCUGCUGCGUGUGGAGGAGCUGGAGGACCAGGGCCAAACGUUGGCUAACGUGUUCAUCCUGCGACUGCUGGAAAAUGCAGAUGACCGGGAGGCCACCUACAUGCUGAAGGCAUCCUCCCAGAGUGAGAUGAAGCGCUGGAUGACUUCACUGGCCCCCAACAGGAGGACCAAGUUCGUGUCCUUCACAUCCCGGCUGCUGGACUGUCCCCAGGUCCAGUGUGUGCACCCGUAUGUGGCCCAGCAGCCUGAUGAGCUGACGCUGGAACUGGCAGACAUCCUGAACAUCCUGGAGAAGACAGAAGACGGGUGGAUCUUUGGUGAGCGCCUGCAUGACCAGGAGAGAGGCUGGUUCCCAAGUUCCAUGACAGAGGAGAUCUUGAACCCCAAGAUCCGCUCCCAGAACCUCAAGGAAUGUUUCCGAGUACAUAAGAUGGAGGACCCUCAGCGCAGUCAGAAUAAGGACCGCAGGAAGUUGGGCAGCCGGAAUCGGCAAUGAAACCCAAGCUCAGGCACCAGUCUGAAGAGAGGGGUGUGGGCAGGGGGUGGGGGAGCAGGCCCAGCAGAGAACCCUGACAGACACAGAGUCUUAGGGAGGAAAGGUCAGUGCCUUCCCAGGCAACAAAGAGUGGCUUGGGCCUGCACUGUCCCUGCCCACACAGUGGGGGGCACUCUUGUCCUGGCCAUUCACAUGCGUACACACUGGCCAAAGGCUAAGUAUUUAAGCAGUAUUACACCACCUCCUCUCCAGCCUCUCAGAGCUAGAAGACAGUGGGCAUGCUCCAGCGACCUUCCAGCAACUGGAAGAGGCCCACACAGGGGUUCCUGGCAGGAGGUAACUACUGUCAGGUCCCCUGAACUGCACGUGUCCUUCCCUACUUUGGAAGCCGUUAAGAGUCUACCAGGCACACCAAUGGGCCGCCCCUGCCUGAGGGAGCUUGGUGAGCAGUGCUGACUCUGCCCGCCCCUCCCCGUGCCUCUGCCAGCCCCUCUUGCACGGCCAAGCCCUGCCCUCAGCAGGCCUCCCGGAGCUUGGCUGAGGGUUCAUGCCUCUGGCUCCUUUCAGGGCUAGAUGUCACUUGUAUCUCCUGGCCCCUGAAGGAGCCCAGGUGUUUUGCAGAAUGAAUGAAUUGGUCACUGCAUCCUUUAUGGUCAUGGUUUUGAGAAAAGCAAAUAUCAUUUUUGGCUGCAUUAAAAGCAUCCUGUAUAAAAUGA